UGUUCGGAUUUAUGCAACAGACGCAAAGGAGAAAAUUUUCAGAAUAUUUCAUUUCUUCCUCCUUGUUGCGCAGAUAAAGGUCUCUAGGGUACCAUUGUGAAUCGGGGGUAAUUUGAAAUUUUUUAAAGCAACAUCGGAAUAGAAUUAAAGCAGUAUCAAUCAAUCAAUCAGCAAGGCCUUUCCCGCUUGGAACUCUCUGAAAUACCCCGGAUAUUUGUAUAAAAAAGACAUCAUACUUUUUUGAUAUAUGCCGCACCUGUGCUUGAGUAAAGAAUAAUUAGUUGAACUAAAUAUUACAGGUGUAGAGUUGGUAGUGGAGCUCCCAGCUGUAGUUUAACUAUCAUGCUUCAUAUAUUCGGAGGAUUGAAGGAUUUUAUAAAUCCUAGUUCAGGGGAUGAUAAACCAGUGGUGGAAGGAUUUGUGGCCAAACUUCAUUAUAGGGUUACAGGCCUAGUACUGCUUGUAUGCUGUCUACUUGUAACUGCUAUAGAGUAUAUAGGACUGGGAACACAUAUAGACUGCAUACAAGAUGGAUUACCAGAUAACUGGCCGAUACCAAGUCAUGUGAUGAACACCUACUGCUUCAUAACAUCAACAUUUAUCCUACCCCGUCAUCUGGAGGGACCAGUCGGAGUAGGGGGUAAACUGUAUCCUGGAGUAGGGGUGGAGCAGGUUGGAGAGGAUAGAGAAUAUAAAUCAUAUUAUCAGUGGGUUCCAUUCGUAUUGUUCCUACAGUGCUGUAUGUUUUAUGUUCCUCAUAUGCUCUUCAAAACUUGGGAAUCCGGGAAAGUGAACGGAAUUAUUUCCGGUCUUCAUCAAUCAGAGGCAUUAGUACAGGAGGAGGAGAGAAUAACAAGGCACAAAGCCUUGGCUACAUAUUUUGUGAAGAGUUUGAACACUCACAACAUCUGGGCCUUGAAGCUGUACCUGGCAGACCUCCUGCUUCUUGUCAACGUGAUCUUCAACAUCUACUUCAUCGACUUCUUCCUGGACGGAGAGUUUUCUACUUACGGUUUUCAGGUGGCUUCUUUUGUUGACUCUGACCCUAUGGUUAGAACAGACCCUAUGACCCGCGUGUUCCCUCGCAUGACAAAAUGCAUUUAUAAAAAGUUUGGAAGCUCCGGGACAAUACAAACCCAUGAUGCUUUGUGCCUGCUUCCAAUCAACGUGAUCAACGAGAAGAUCUACGUGUUCCUCUGGUUCUGGUUGAUUGCUCUGGCGACGUUGACCGCAAUAUCCAUCCUGAUCCAUACUGCACAGAUACUCAUACCAGCUCUUGUAUCUACAUGGAUCAAGAAGAAAGCAAGGAAAAGAGCUGGAAUUCAGCAGAGUAUGAAUAGUAUCAGUAAGGAGUUAGAACUAGGGGAUUGGAAGCUGCUGAAUGUGUUAUCCUACAAUAUGGCUCCUAUUGUACUGGGGGAGUUUAUUACUGAACUAGCUGCACAGGUUGCUGCCCAGCGUGAAAAACUUGAGGAUACGUUAGAACCUAGUGAUAGUAAUGAAAACGUGAGGAAACCUCUGCUAACCCCCAUAUAAGCAGAAUACUAAUAUAACUUAACUCUACUUAAACUCCUCUGCACCCUAUAUGAUAAUGAUAUUACUAUGAAAAUAUGGAAAAAAGAACUGACCUCUUUCCUCAAACUCUAAUUUUAAAAUCGCCAUAUCUUUGCAAAGUUCAGCUACCUUAGUCAAGUCCCUAUUUGACCUAAUAAACAUAAAGGAACUGAGUUUCGCCACACAUUUUUUAACCCCUAUCUCUGGAACUAGUUGGCCUUUGAUAUUCCAAACUAUGAAUUCUGCAAUUAGAUUGAAGGUUUAAAAUAUCAAAGAUGUACAAUGUACACCAUAUGGUUCUGUUGAUAUAAGGAUUAGAAAAUUUAAGUUUGUGUCCAAAACUCAGUCCACUUUUCGCUUUUACUCUUUUAGAUUUUUUUCGGCGAAUGCGUUUUCAAUAAAAAAUUUCAAAAAACCAAGUUUUAAGAUUGAUGAAUUAUAAACCAAAACGUGAUCGAAUUCAAAAUGAAGAAACCGAAAUUAUUA